AUGGCCAGUGACGACUCCCAAAAAGACUCACUCGACAUUAACACCCUUUCUUUUAAACUGCCACCGUUUACCGCGAGCAAGCCUCGCGUUUGGUUCAGGCAGAUCGAGGCUCUUUUUGUGACAAGCCGCAUUACCAUCGAGCGUACCCGCUAUUCGUACGUUUUGCAGUCACUCCCUUUUGAUGUAGCGGUCACCGUCGAAGACCUCCUUGACCCCAUUCCAGCCGACAAACCAUAUACGCUGCUGAAGGAAGCGGUUAUCCAACGGGUAGCUAAAUCGGCUAACCUUAUGCUGCGGGAACUUUUCACUCAAGUAGAGCUAGGUGAUCGGACACCUUCUCAGCUCAUGCGUCACAUGCGCUCACUCCUCGCUGGUAGGCACAUGGAUGACGCCAUUUUUCGCGAGAUUUGGUUAGAAAACUUACCGGUGCCUAUGCAGCAGGUUUUGGCCAUGUUGGACUCGAAUACAUCUUUAGAGAAACUAGCUACCCACGCCGACCGAAUCAAAGAGUGUUACCCCAUGGGUGCCUCGUGUUCCACUAUUCAACAGCCACCGCCUUCCAAAGGCAAGCCCCAUCAGGGCAUUGACUCUGAUUCAGAAGGCCCACCAUUACCAGCGCACGACACUCCCUAUUCGGAAAAAGCGUCAUGCUCUUGCACAACCCGACGCGCGCCCACAUCAGCCGGUCCCCCCAGAACACCCACCGCCGCUUAUCGCACCGAUUACGACGACCUGAGAGACACUGUGCGUCUCCUUUGCACUCAGGUGAGCAACAUGUGCUCUGCGCUUAACAGUCUUCAAGCGGCUAGGAGACAGCCAUGCUCACAUCGACGGUCUAAAUCCCGUGAGCGGCGUUCACAACCCUUAUGUUGGUAUCACCGCACUUAUGGCCCGAAAGCCCGAAAGUGCAUACCUCCUUGUUCGUUCGCUUGUCCUCCACAGUUAAACGACCACGCCAGCCAGUAAUAGCGACGACUGCUGCUGGCCCGUCGCGAACCAGUCGCCUUUUCUAUAUCGAUGACAAGUCGAGCGGCCUUCGUUUCCUGGUCGAUACCGGUGCCGAGGUCAGUGUCAUCCCGCCUCUAAGGCGUCACCGCCUCAAGCCAUCGCAAUUCUCAUUGUAGGCUGCAAACAGCACCACAAUCAGCACCUACGGCCAACGGUCCCUCACUUUAGAUCUUGGUCUCCGGCGACGUUUUCAAUGGGUCUUUAUUGAGGCUGACGUCAAAUCGCCCAUUAUCGGGGCCGACUUUUUGUCAUCUUUCGGCUUAACAGUCGAUGUCAGACACCGUCGCCUCUCAGACACCACCACCCAACUCUUUACUAUAGGUACCAGUAGCUCUGAACGGUCGGUUGGCAUUCAUGUCACCAUCCCCAGCACCCCUAUCGCUGACAUUUUGAAGGACUACCCGUCCAUCACUAAACCAUGCCAUUUUACCGAAACCGUUCAACACGGAGUGAAACACCACAUUGUCACGGCAGGGCAACCAGUGCACGCUCGUCCGCGUAGACUCCACCCUGACAAACUCCGAAUAGCAAAGAACGAAUUCGACCAUAUGAAGAAUCUGGGCAUUAUACGCCCUUCAUCUAGCCCAUGGGCCUCACCACUGCACAUGGUGCCAAAGAAGUCCCCUGACGAUUGGAGACCGUGCGGUGAUUAUCGAGCCCUAAACAGGUCCACAAUCCCUGACCGGUACCCCAUUCCCCACAUUCAUGACUUUUCCCACAUGUUAGCCAGCAAAACUAUUUUUUUCCAAGAUAGACCUCGUCAGGGCGUACCACCAAAUCCCGGUCGCGGAGGAAGAUAUCCCAAAGACCGCUAUCACGACACCCUUUGGGCUGUUCGAAUUUAUUCGCAUGCCCUUUGGUUUGCGCAACGCUGCCCAGUCGUUUCAGCGCUUCAUCGAUGAGAUCUUGCGGGGCCUUCCAUUUGCUUACGCCUACAUCGACGACAUACUCGUCGCAAGCUCUUCGGCAGAGGAACAUGCCUCGCAUUUACGCCUCAUAUUCGAUCGUUUCCAGCAACACGGUUUGCAAUUAAACGCAAGCUCUUCGGCAGAGGAACAUGCCUCGCAUUUACGCCUCAUAUUCGAUCGUUUCCAGCAACACGGUUUGCAAUUAAACGUCGACAAAUGCCUUUUUGGCGUUAAUUCUCUCGAUUUCCUUGGCCACCACGUCGAUCAGCACGGAAUCACUCCACUUACAAAGAAGGUGCAAUGCAUCUUGUCUUUCCCUGUUCCCAACACACUCACUCAGCUGCGACGUUUCAUAGGCCUUAUCAACUAUUACAGACGUUUUAUUCCCCACUGUGCGGCAAUCCUGGCUCCCUUGACUGACCUUUUGAAGUCGAAGGCAAAACCUAUUGAACUUUCACCGGCAGCCCACACAGCUUUUGAGGAAGCGAAAAAGGCUCUUGCCGAUGCCACCAUGCUGCACCACCUCAGCUCUGCCGCUCAUACACAGCUCAUUUUGACCACCGACGCUUCCAGCAGGGCUGUCGGCGCAGUCUUGCAUCAACAGGUGAAUAACCAGUUGCAGCCUUUAGCUUUCUUUUCACAGAAGCUACAACCGGCGCAGACUCGCUACAGUACUUUCUCUCGCGAGCUCCUUGCCGUAUACUUGGCCAUACGUCACUUUCGACACCUUUUAGAGGGCAGAGACUUUUCGGUCCACACCGACCACAAGCCUCUCACUUACGCCCUGAAGGCCAAGCCAGAUCGGUACUCGCCCAGGGAAGUUCGUCACCUGGACUAUAUUUCGCAGUUUACUGCCGACAUCCGCUACGUCCGAGGCAGCGACAAUGUCGUUGCUGAUGCAUUAUCCCGUCCGGACAUCAACACACUCACAUCCGAUUUCGACCUGGCAAGGCUUGCAGACCUCCAAACAGCAGACGAGUCCAUCGCGGACUUACGUACGUCUACUACUCUGCAGCUUCGAGAUGCACCACUUCCUGCGUCACCAGGUACGAUUUUGUGCGAUUGGUCCACAGGCACCCCUCGUCCUGUUGUUCCACUAUCCUAUCGUAAGGUCGUCUUUGACCACUUCCACUCCCUCUCCCACCCUGGCAUUCGCGCUGGACGUAAGUUAAUCGCGGCUCGUUUUGUUUGGCCGAAGAUGAAUUCCGACAUUGCUCUUUGGACUAAACAGUGCCUCGCAUGCCAGAAGAACAAGGUUCAUCGACACACUUUCUUCCCUCCAAGUACCUUUGCGGUCCCGGAAGUUCGAUUUAAUCAUGUUCACUUGGAUUUUAUCGGACCGUUACCCCCUUCACGUGGGUACACACAUAUCCUGACGGCCGUUGACCGUUUCACACGUUGGCCGAUUGCCAUUCCUAUCACGGAUACCUCGGCAGAAAAUAUCGCCAUGGUUUUUCUGACCCACUGGAUCUCAACUUUUGGUGUUCCAGCCACCCUUACCACCGACCGCGGAAGUCAAUUCCAAUCUAGCCUCUUCCGUGAGUUCACAGACUGCUCGGGUGCGCGCACAUCACAACCACGGCAUAUCAUCCUGCCUCCAACGGUCUCGUUGAGCGUCUACACCGCCAACUGAAGUCCGCACUGAUGUCCCAAACAGGGUCAGCUACUUGGAGUGUCAAUCUCCCUCUUGUGCUUUUGGGCAUCCGAUCUUCUGUCAAGGAGGACAUCCAAUGCACCGCCGCCGAACUUGUGUACGGUACACCCUUCCGUCUGCCUGGUGAAUUGGUGCAGCCUUCCACAACAAACACUAACAUCACGAGCACCUUUGUACAGCAGUUGAAACAACGCAUGGCUCAACUGCGUCCAACCCCCACUCGUCUGACCUCGAAACACGUGUUUGUACACGAGGACCUUAAAUCCGCCCUUUUUGUUUUUGUCCGGCAUGACGCAGUGCGCAAGCCCCUUUGCUCCCCCUACGAUGGCCCAUAUAAGGUCGUUCAGCGGAAUGACAAGUUUUACGUCCUUCAAAAGGCUGAUAAGACCGACACGGUCUCCAUUGACCGCCUUAAGCCAGCCUAUCUGGAGUGCCUCCCGUCGACCAGUGCGCCAUCCAUUCCCCCUACUACGUCCUCACCCGAUACACCCACUCCGCUCACCUGCCCUCCAUCACCACACUUGACCAUUCUACCCACCCAACCGGAUCCUCCUCCUACACCACCGCCUAGUACGUCUCGCUCCGGUAGACAUAUCCGUUUUCCCGCCAGACUUAAAGACUUUGUAGUGUAA